AUGAUUAUACUUAUUUCGAAAUCCUCAAGUAACGAAGUCUAUGAAGUUUCUCCUGAAUCAAUGAAAAUAAUUAAUAACAAUGGACAAAUCACUAUAUUUGUUAUUACUCCGACGUACGCACGACCUGUUCAAAAAGCAGAAUUAACUAGACUUACUCAUACUUUUAAGCUGGUUCCUAACUUGCAUUGGAUCGUAGUUGAAGAUGCAUCUAAAGCAACCACCCUUGUUUCUAAACUACUCAAAAACUCAAAAUUAUCUUAUACACACUUGGUUCAACCUACUCCACCAUCGUGGAAAAUCAAAGAUAAUGAAGGAAGGUGGUCAAAACCAAGGGGAGUUUUGCAGAGAAACACAGCUCUAAAAUGGAUUCGAAAAAAUUUAUCUCCUGAAAUUAGAGGAAUUAUUUAUUUUGCAGAUGAUGAUAACACAUACACAUUGGAACUAUUUGAAGAGAUGAGACAAACCAAAAAAGUUUCAAUAUGGCCCGUUGGUUUGGUUGGUGGUCUAUAUGUUGAGAAACCCUUAGUCAGAGAGGGAAAAGUUGUAGGUUUUAAUGCUGCUUGGCGCCCAGAAAGAAAAUUUCCAGUCGACAUGGCAGGUUUUGCUGUUUCGCUCAAACAUUUUUUAAGCAAACCAGACGCCAAGUUUUCUUACAGCUCAGAGGGAGGUUUCCAAGAAUCUGAUUUUUUAAGUCUACUUAUUACAAGAGAAGAAUUAGAACCCAUGGCCUCCAAUUGCUCAAAGAUUUUAGUUUGGCAUACUAGAAGUGAAAAACCGAUUUUGGUUCAUGAAGUUCAGUUAGAAAAAAAAGGUUUAAAGCCUUCUAACUACGGGAUGGAAGAGUAA